UUUUCUGAGGCAAGAAUCGAGAUUUAAAUUCUGUGGUUCUGCAUACACCACGAAGAGCGGCAAGCAGACCAGCGGGGCCACAUUCGCAGCAUUGGUACUCAAACAACAACUGAGUUUAAAACUUCUUUUUUUUUCUUCACCUGGUCAAAGACGUUCUUUGAACAUCAGGGACAUGAUGCAAGAACUUUCCGAGAGAGAACCCUCCAGUGAGGAUGAGACCAUGGUGCCGGUGUUAACCUCCAGAAAAGCCAGCGAACUCCCUGUGGACGAAGUAGCUUCUAUCCUGCAGGCCGACCUGCAGUUGGGUUUGACCCAGGGCGAGGUGAGCCGGAGGAGGGCCUACCAUGGCUGGAACGAGUUUGACAUCAGUGAGGACGAGCCACUUUGGAGGAAAUACCUGUCACAGUUCAAAGAUCCUCUCAUCCUGCUGCUGCUGGUGUCGGCUGUCAUCAGCGUUGCCAUGCGCCAGUAUGAUGAUGCCUUCAGCAUCACAGUGGCCAUCAUCAUUGUGGUGACAGUCGCCUUUGUCCAGGAGUAUCGCUCAGAGAAGUCUCUAGAAGAGCUCGGGAAGCUGGUGCCUCCAGGAUGUCACUGUAUCAGGGAGGGGAACCUAGAGAACCUGCUGGCCAGAGACCUGGUUCCUGGAGACACUGUCUGUUUGUCAGUAGGAGAGAGAGUCCCAGCAGACGUCCGCCUCUUUGAGGCAACCGAUCUGUCUGUGGACGAGUCAAGUCUGACGGGGGAGACCACCCCUUGCGCCAAGUCCACCUCCCACCAACUGGUGGCCAACAACGGAGACAUCACCUCCCGCAGCAACAUCGCCUUCAUGGGGACACUGGUGCGCUGCGGCAAAGGCAAGGGUAUUGUCAUAGGGACUGGUGAGAACUCAGAGUUUGGGGAGGUAUUCAAGAUGAUGCAAGUGGAAGAGGCUCCCAAAACCCCGCUACAGAAGAGCAUGGACCUGCUGGGGAAGCAGCUCUCGCUUUAUUCCUUCUGCAUUAUAGGGGUCAUCAUGCUGGUGGGCUGGCUGCAGGGGAAGAGGAUCAUGGACAUGUUCACUAUUGGUGUCAGUCUGGCUGUUGCUGCCAUACCAGAGGGUUUACCCAUCGUGGUGACGGUGACACUAGCGCUCGGUGUGAUGCGCAUGGUGAAGAGAAAAGCCAUCGUCAAGAAGCUUCCCAUCGUAGAAACUCUGAGCUGCUGUAAUGUGAUCUGUUCAGACAAGACAGGUACUCUGACAAAGAACGAGAUGACCGUCACUCAGCUGUUCACAUCAGAUGGACUCCAUGCUGAGGUGACGGGUGUUGGCUACAGCCGAGUGGGUGAAGUUAUGCUGAACGGCGAGAUCAUCCAUGGCUUCUCCUGCCUUUCAGUUAGCAGUCUCGUGGAGGUCGGCUGUGUGUGUAACGAUGCAGUCAUCAGGAAUCACAGUCUGCUGGGGCGGCCCACAGAAGGAGCGCUCAUCGCCCUCGCCAUGAAGCUCGGUCUGGAGAGUGUGCAGCAGGAGUACAUCCGUGUGGAGGAGUAUCCUUUCACCUCGGAGCAGAAGUGGAUGGCUGUUCGCUGUGUUCACCGCACGCAGCAGGACAAGCCUGGACUUUACUACAUGAAGGGAGCAUAUGAGCAGGUGAUUCGCUUCUGUAGCUCCUACAACAGCAAAGGAACAGCAAUGCCUCUGAACAGUCAGCAGAGGGAGCUCUAUCAGCAGCAGCUCAGCUACAUGGGCACCGCUGGACUCAGAGUCCUGGCGUUUGCUUCGGGCUCUGAGAUGGGGAACCUGACCUUCCGGGGUCUGGUGGGCAUGAUCGACCCUCCCAGGUCAGGGGUCAAGGAAGCCGUAGGCACGUUGAUCGCCUCUGGAGUAGAUGUUAAGAUGAUCACUGGAGAUUCCCAGGAGACUGCAGUGUCGAUAGCCACUCGUCUGGGUCUUUACUCUCAGUGUUUGUCUGGAGAAGAGGUGGAUCAGCUUGACCUGCAGCAGCUUUCAAAUAUCGUCCCCAGGAUAGCUGUGUUUUAUCGAGCCAGUCCCAGACACAAGCUGAAGAUUGUCAAGUCCCUGCAGAACAUCGGCGCCGUAGUGGCCAUGACAGGCGAUGGUGUCAACGACGCUGUGGCUCUGAAGGCCGCUGACAUCGGCGUGGCGAUGGGUCAGACGGGCACUGACGUCUGCAAGGAGGCGGCCGACAUGAUUCUGGUGGACGACGACUUCCAGACCAUCCUGGCGGCCAUCGAGGAGGGAAAAGGGAUUUACAACAACAUCAAAAACUUUGUCCGCUUCCAGCUGAGCACGAGCAUUGCAGCGCUGACGCUCAUCUCUUUGGCGACGCUGAUGAACUUCCCCAAUCCACUGAACGCCAUGCAGAUCCUGUGGAUCAACAUCAUCAUGGACGGACCUCCUGCUCAGAGUUUGGGUGUGGAGCCAGUCGAUAAGGAUGUGAUCAGAAAACCUCCUCGUAACGUGAGAGACAGCAUCCUCACCCGCAGUCUCAUCGUCAAGAUCCUGGUGUCAGCUGUCAUCAUCGUCUGUGGGACUCUGUUUGUCUUCUGGAGAGAGUUGCAGGACAACAUGAUCACUCCUCGAGACACCACCAUGACCUUCACCUGCUUCGUCUUUUUCGACAUGUUCAACGCGCUGAGCUGCCGGUCGCAGACUCGUAUGGUCCAUGAGAUGGGGCUGUGCAGUAACAGGAUGUUCUGUUAUGCUGUCCUGGCCUCCAUCAUGGGCCAGCUCCUUGUCAUCUACUCCCCUCCUCUGCAGAGCGUCUUCCAGACAGAGAGCCUCAGCAUCCUUGACCUGCUGUUCCUGGUCAGCCUCACCUCCUCAGUCUGCGUAGUGCUGGAGAUCAUAAAGAAGGUGGAGAGGUGGAGGGGAGCUGAGAAGACCCCACCUACUGACUUCCACGAGGUAUGACCCCACCCACCCACACUGUCUGGGCCGACGGACUCAGCGGUUUGGGGGAAGAGGACAAUGAAGAUGAUAGUUUUUAGGAUCUCACAAAGGAUGGCAUUGACUUUGACUGUAAGGACCUUCCUGUGAGAUCAAACGGGUGGAGAAACUCUGGUCUGGGACUGGAGGGCGCUCCUAGAGGGGGCUGGACAAGAUGGCUGCUGGGGGAUCUGAUCAUGUACUCUGUCUUUACUACCGAACUUGGCAGCAUGGGUCCCAUUCAGCUUGUGCCCUCUCCAUGCUCGGCCUCAUUGUAGCUUUGGGGAAACCGCCAAGGACUGACCAUGGCUCGGUGUUUAGGAUCUACUGUAAGAUAAUCAACGUCUAGAGACAUGUGCACCUCUUUGUAUUCUCUUCCAGUCUUCUUUUGUAAUCUUUCAGUUAGGCGGAGAUCAGCUUCUCUUGGUGGAAGGUGAUGACUGCACACAACUGUGUUAGUUCCUCUGGAGAAGGGUUUACAGCACACAGUGGAGGUGUAACGGUACAGAAACAUCUCGUCUCUCUUUGGCUUUUGGUACAGGAAGGAAAAUAAAGUCUUUCUCAGUAAAAGUAAAGUAGAGAUUCGGGCAGAGAAACAUUUAGUUUAACAUUUAGUGCCUCUAAAGCUUCAUGUUCUCUACAACUUGUGAGUCUCACAGUGGUGUUGGCAUCAUCUACAUGUUUUUACUGAGGUUCAGCACAGAUACCAAAGUUGUUAUUUUUCACUACCUAAUACAGUAUAUUAUGUACAAGCCCCCUGUACAAAGGAAGCCAAAGGUUUUAAAACAAGUAUUCCUUCAUAAAGUUAAAUAUGUGUGACUGAAUAGCAGCAAUCAACAUUAAAGUCUUGAGAAUAAAGAGAUUUAGUUUUAAUUUACUGGCAGUUCAGGCUCCCAGACAGGCUGUGUUUGAUUGAAAGUACUGGUGACAUAAACAGCCCAACAGCUCUGAUAUUUUGAUUUAAGAAAAAUCCUGCCCCCGUCAAACCAGUGACACAGAACAGGAACCCAGAUCUCACAUGUGAAGAAACAAAGCUUUUCUAAAAUAACAGCUCGUCCAGGAUUCAACAAGCCUUCCAGUGAUUCUAGCCUCAGUGCGUUUACAAAAUAAGACGUCAAUAACGGCUUCAGCAUUUGUUGCAUAAUUUAGAUCUUUGUGUGGGGAGAUAUAAUUUACAGGAGCAUCAGUGAACAGUUGAAUCAAAUAUGAACUACUGAGUUGUUCUGUUGGUUUCUGGUCAGAACUUGUGAAAACUGCUGAGGUGUGUCUGGGGGCUCCUGACCUCUGGUUUUAAACCCUGACUGCAGCCAUAUUAAUAGUAUAUGGGAGCUUAAACCAGACCUGAACUAAAAUGCAACCUUUUUUGUUUUCUUUGGUCCGUGCCAAAUGAACCAAGCUACUGGUGUGAAGGGGACCUAGGUGUUUGUACCAGACAUGUGAGGAGGAACAGCUGUACUGUUACACCUCCACUCUGUGGACUUGGGAACUUUCUGUGGUCUGUUGAUUGUUUCAUGCAUCUUUCUAAACACUGAUUUAUUUAAAUUAAAAGGAAUUCUGCUUUUACUUGUACUGCUGUCAUAUUUAAGCUCUUCGCCCUUGCCCACUUGUGUAUGAAGUAGGGAUGCACCCACACCACCCCUACUAGUACAAGUUAACUGAAGCCACAUUAAGGCAACAUUACAUUAAGCUCAUGCUGGCUGAUCAGAGGAGGAGACGUGUUUAGCU